AUGGACUCAAAACUUGAAGGGUCUAAGUGCAAAGGUCAACUUUUGAUUUUUGGGGCAACCAACUGGGACUUGAUCGGUCGUAAAGAAGUGCCUAAGCAGCAAGCCGCUUACCGUAAUCUCGGUCAGAACUUGUGGGGACCCCACAGGUAUGGAUGCCUGGCGGGGGUCCGGGUGCGGACCGUGGUGUCCGGGUCGUGUGCUGCCCACAGCCUCCUCAUCACCACGGAGGGAAAGCUGUGGAGCUGGGGGCGAAAUGAGAAGGGGCAGCUGGGCCAUGGCGACACCAAGAGAGCGGAAGCCCCCAGGCUGAUCGAGGGGCUCAGCCACGAAGUGAUUGUGUUGGCCGCCUGUGGGCGUAACCACACUCUGGCCCUGACGGAAACGGGCUCUGUGUUUGCAUUUGGAGAGAACAAGAUGGGGCAGCUGGGCCUCGGGAACCAGACAGAUGCCGUCCCCAGCCCCGCACAGGUAACCGGAGCACAGCGCCUUCUUUGUAGGUCUGUGGUCUGGCGUCAGAUGGAUGCUUUAAUGAGAAAGCUCUUCUUUCCUGAAGACAGAUGUGUGUGCAGAGGACUGGGCUUGAGUCUGUUUUGUCCAGACCUGCCCAGGCUGGGACACAACUCAGAUGGGAAGUUCAUCGCCCGGGCACAGCGGAUAGAGUACGACUGCGAGCUGGUGCCCCGGCGAGUGGCCAUCUUCAUCGAGAAGACGAAAGAUGGGCAGAUCCUGCCGGUCCCCAACGUGGUUGUACGAGACGUGGCCUGUGGUGCCAACCACACGCUGGUCCUGGACUCCCAGAAGCGCGUCUUCUCCUGGGGCUUUGGGGGCUACGGCCGCCUGGGCCACGCGGAGCAGAAGGACGAGAUGGUGCCUCGCCUGGUGAAGCUGUUUGACUUCCCGGGCCGUGGUGCUUCCCAGAUCUACGCUGGCUACACCUGCUCUUUUGCUGUCAGUGAAGUGGGAGGGCUGUUUUUCUGGGGGGCCACCAACACCUCCCGAGAGUCUACCAUGUACCCGAAAGCAGUGCAGGACCUCUGUGGCUGGAGGAUCCGGAGCCUGGCUUGUGGGAAGAGCAGUAUCAUCGUGGCCGCUGAUGAGAGCACCAUCAGCUGGGGUCCAUCGCCGACCUUCGGGGAGCUGGGUUAUGGGGACCACAAGCCCAAGUCUUCCACUGCAGCCCAGGAGGUGAAGACUCUGGAUGGCAUCUUCUCAGAGCAGGUGGCCAUGGGCUACUCUCACUCCCUGGUGAUCGCCCGAGACGAGAGCGAGGCGGAGAAGGAGAAGAUCAAGAGGCUGCCAGAGUACAACCCGCGCACCCUCUGAGUGGGGCCCCGCCCGCGGCAGCUGUCGCUUCCGUGUGCACUGGGACAGGAAGUCAGGCGAGGAAUUUAAAAAGCAAGAGUUGACCGAAGGUGCAUUUUUGUUAGACUCCCCAGGGUUCUGUUUUCUAAGUGAUCAACGUUAACUACCUUUUUCUGUAUGCUUUCCAAAGUGGUUUUUUUUUUUUAUUUUUUCCAAUGUUUAAUUAAAAUAUUUGCUCAUAGUUGACUUAACCAUUCCUACAAAAGAAGCAGAAACUUUGAGCAAUUUAGGGUUUUUUUUAAGCUGUAUUCUUUUUGCCUCUCCUGAAUAUGCUUUCCCAGACCUCCCAUUCCAGUUGUAAUUGGCAUUGUGGUGCACGUGGGUGCUACAUGGGAGAGGAAUGGCCAUUUACUCUGACAAAAAUGUCCCUUACGGGAGCCAGCAGCAUCUAGGCCAAGAUGUCCCUGGUAGCUGAUCUCGGUCCAAAGUCACGCUCAUGCGCUUGGGGAGCACCCGGGCCACUUGCCGCUUCUCCCUGCAGCCUGGUUCCGGCUGCUGCUUGCUCUGUUCCCCUUGGCUGCUUGGAAGCUCCACAGCCGUUUGGCCGAACCAUUCAUAGAAUCUGCGAUUUCCCCCCUGGCGGGGGCUUUGGGGUUGUGUUUUGCCAUUUCUAUCUCCUUUAGCUGUACGGGAAGUCCAAAUGAGAAUCGGACCAUGGUGGAACCAUGGGGACCUGGGGUGGGGCAGAGGUGAGGGCGAUUGUGUCUGUUGGCGGGGUCUGGCUUUAUGGCUCCCGGUCGAGCCCGGGCCUUGGCAUAAGCGCUGCUCAGCUAGAGGUCGACCAGCCGGCAGUCCUAGCACACUCCAGUCCCUGCGAGGAAGGCCCAGUGCGUGUUUCCUAGCCUGUUGCUGCUGCCUCUCCUUCCGUCUGUGUCGCUGGCCGUUCCCACCCAGAGCGGCCGCCCUGUCCUGCGCCUCGGGUUGCUGUCCCGCUAACCCCAUGCUCUGGUGCGUUUGCUUGGCUCCGGUACCAAAUAGCUGGGAUUCCUGAAGAGGCCCCCUGCUCUGUGUGUCAGCGCAGAAGCCGAGACGGCCACCCGCUGCGUCCCUGUCAAGUACCCUCUCUGCUCGAGCCAUCCCUGGGCCGACCGCGCUGCGGGAGUUACGAGGUGCCUUUCCUGGAACCAGGCCAGGCGACAGCGCUGGCUGGGGCUCGAUGUUUCCAGGGGUCCGGGCUGGUUUGGGUGCUUUAAAUAGAUUUUUAGCUGUGGUGCUUCUGGGGGAGAAGGGGGUUCAGUGAGACUUGGGUGGAUGGGAGACCUCAGUACUGGUCUCUAGCUGUUGUUUUUGCUUUUGCUGUUGUUACCACCUGUCAUCAUCUCCAUGUUAAAAUGCCAAAAAUGAUCUAGUCAUCACUGCUUUUCUCCCUGUCUUCCCACCCCGUCCCUGCGCACAGUGACUUCUGUCCCCCCGCCUGAGUUCUUGCUUGUCUCUGCCACCCUGUGCCCCAGGAGAAGCUUCUUCAGUGUCAGAACUUCCGCUGAACUAACCUGAUCUGUCCCUGUCACCCCCAGAUGCCUCCCUCCUGAGCAGCUCCCCUGAGCGAGGCUGGCAGUCUGUGCUCUUGUCUUACACCCGGGGGGGUCUCCCUUGAACUGUGUGGUCGCCCAGAGAUUGAGGACACAGUAACGUGGGAGCUGCCCUUGGCUGAGCUGGGCUCAGAUCUUCCAGGCAAGACCUAAAACCGGCAGCCGCCACCCUCGGGUCCCCAGGGGAAGGGAAGGUGUCCUGUGCCCUCCCUCACCCUCUUCUCAGUGUAGAAUUGUAACAUGAACUUCCUCGAGGGGAGCACA